AUGCUCUAUGCCAUUUUACUGGCAUCAGUACUGCAAGCAGGUGAAUUUCAUUGGCUCGAACUGCUGGUGCUGAUAUGGAUAGUUACCUUUAUUCUGGAGGACGGUAACCAGUGGUGGAACAAUCCAGUCUUUAAAUGGAAUGAACUGUUUUUCGUCGUGGAACUGAUAUCCUUAGGCUUGUACUGUGUUGGGGCUGGACUCCGUAUAGCUGCCUUCAACAACCCUACUAGUGAGACGCUGAUCAACUACACCCACGUCGCUUUGGGCCUUUCUUACAUCGGGUUCUCCAUACAGCUACUGCAGAUUUGUUACUCUAAUGAAUUUUUCGGACCACUCAUGGCGAUGUUUAAAAAUAUGCUUCUAAAGCUCCUCAAGUUCCUUGUGAUCAUCUUCGUCUUUUUCAUCUCCUACGCCGUGGCCUCCGAGUCGGUCCUCUACCCCCGGGCUCCCCUCAACCCCCAGCUUGCUUACUACCUCACACGCAGGGCAUUCUGGGGAAUGUUUGGUGAAUUUCUGCUGGACGAGCUGGAAAGUCAGGAGGGGGACAUUGACCCGCCCACCUGCACCAACGACCCUACGGAGUAUUCUGACUACUCACAGCUGAGAUGCCCCACGGGGACGGGGAGGUUCUUCGGGCCUGUAUUGCUGGGGCUCUACUUUCUUACUGUAAACGUUCUGCUCUUCAACCUGCUGAUCGCUGUCUUCAACAAUGAAAUCAAGCGUAUCGAGCAGAAGGCUGACGGUGUCUGGAAGCGCCACGCCCUGAUCACUACACUACGCUAUCACAACACACUGUUCCCGCCCCCCAUAUUUUUUGGCCUGUUCUUCCCUCUGCUGAAGCUGCGGCUCAACCAGGAGCGUAGGGCGCCCUUUUUGAAGAAAAUCGCAUCGGAUAAAAAACAGCAACUUUACAAAGUUCAAAAUGAAAUACAAGAGAAAUACAUGGCGGAGAGGAUGAAAAAUGACUUCCUUACAAUAAACUGUCGGGUUAACUGUCCCCACAUAGACACACCUGAAUUUGAACAGACAUUUUCCAGGCCUGUGAAAGGUGACCCACUAACAGAGGAAUCCGCCAUCGCUGUCUUGACCACCACACGGCCAGUUUUCAUUAACCAGAAGAACUCUAAAGGUGUUUUGGUACCUCAGAAGAACAGGCUGUUUGCUGUGCGCACACGAUACAAGUAUGGCCUUAGAUGGGACUGUGUCAAAGUUCGACCAUUGUCUACCAAACGUCGAAGAUAUGAACCUACCGCAGAUGAUUUUAGUGUUGAUGUGGACGUUGGGAAAACAUAUAAGUCGAGUAGUCGUUAAAUAUAUCAUCUGUAGCGUUGCAUGCC